GGCCCUGUGCUUCCCUCUGUGGUCUUCUGCUCUUUCUCCCUCUCUGGCCACACGCAGCUGCUGCACAAGGGUGAAGGUAAGGAUCCAAAGCGCUCCUUUUUCCUUAGUGCUAUUCGCUGAGACGGUGUACUUGGUAGCAGAGGGGCAUAAGGAUUUCCAAGCAGAUAAAAAAGGAGGCUGGCAACACUGAGCCCCUUGGAGGGGGGACCGCAGAAGCAGCAAGCAAAGAUUUACAGCCGAGCACUAAGGACUGUUUCGGGAGGUGCUUAUGAGAAAACAGGAACAUGUGAGAGGCAGGAGCGGACUGGCACAUGGGAUGCUCGCCUUGCGCAAGUGCUAAUGCUCCAGGGACGUCAUUAAGAGGGCAACAUCAACCCAACAGCAAGAUGGAGGCCUCUAAAGAAAAGAUUGUCUUGAAUGUCGGAGGCCGCAGAUAUGAAACUUACUCCAGCACCCUCAAAACCUUCCCAGGGACCAAGCUGUGCCAGCUGACAGAGCCCCAGGCCCAGGCUGUAUCUGACUAUGACCCUAACGCCAAUGAGUUUUUCUUUGAUAGAAGCGCAAAACUGUUUGGCGAUGUGCUCAAUUACUACAGGACCAGACACCUCCACUGUCCUGCAGGUGUCUGUAGGGCCCUCUGGGAGGAGGAGCUGGCCUUCUGGGGAAUCCCUGAGGCACAGCUGGCCCCCUGCUGCUGGGUGAAGCUGAGCCACACAGAAGGCCUGCAGGAGGACUUGGACCUCAGGGGCAACAACGACGAUACCAAUGAAGACAGCCUGACUCUCCUGGGCCAGGGAGAAAGGAGGGAUUACCACUGGUGGGCUCGGUGGCAGCCCAAAAUGUGGGCUCUCUUUGAAAAGCCCUAUUCCUCUGCAGGGGCCAUGUGCUUGAUGGUAGUUUCCCUCCUGUUCAAUCUUGGCAUCCUCAUCCUCUUUUUUAUGGAACCAACAACAUACAUUGAAUUUGACCAUUAUAACACCACCAGAGAUUACAACAUCUUCCACGUUGCUCUGAAGCCCUCUCUCCAAAAGGCUAUCAGCUUGCUAUAUGUAGAGCUUUUCUGCAUCCUCUGGUUCACAUUUGAGUUUUUUAUGCGACUCACAUUCUGCCCAGAUAAAAAGAAAUUCCUCACAAACCUUCUGAAUGUGACCGAUUUCCUUUCCCUGUUCCCGGUUUAUACUGAGCUCUUCUUAACCACCCAUAUCAGUGAAAUGCUGGACAUCUUAUCCUGGCUGGGUUUCUUCCGUGUGCUCUACAUAGUCAAACUCUUGAAGAUCUUCAAACUCCUGGAGACCCCCCUGAUGUUGAGAGUGCUGCCCUUCACAUUCCGGUCCAUCUUGAAAGAGGUCUUCAUCCUCAUGAUGAUUUUUACCUUUGAGAUCCUUUUCUUCGGUGCCCUCUGUUAUCAUGCGGAACUCCAUAGACCAGAGACAUUCUUUGAUGGAAUGAUCUCUUCCUUUUAUUGGGCAGCGAUUACGCUGACCACUGUUGGCUAUGGAGAUACGUAUGCCAUCUCUCCAUUUGGCAGAGUAAUUGCAUGCUGUGCAGCAAUUUGUGGCAUGUUGACCAUCAUCUUUCCCCUCCCGAUCUUUUUGAUCAAGUUCCAGGGUUAUUAUGCCACUGCUGUAAUGAAGGAGAAGAUGAAAAGCAACAAGAGGAGCCAUUAAGAGAGCAGCAAAGCAACAUGUUUCCUGCUUUUUAUAGGACGAGGAAACCCCUUCUGAAGUGCUUAUGCUACCACAGCACAGAAGCUUUAGCUUAGCUGAUGCAAGUUGUAUUGUACCACCUUAAGAGGUAGUGCCGCUGCACCUUUUUCUCCUAACAACAGAUGAACAUCAUGAAAGUGAAGCAGAAACGGAGAGACGGGGCAUUCCGGGGCCUCUUGGAGUGGGAGUCACUAGGCAAACCGAAGGAGUUGUGUCCGUCAGAACCAGCGUUUCUUGGGCAAAAGGACUAUUAAUGUUGGGCAAAAGGUGAUAAGGUUAUAUUCCCCUUUAUCAGCACGUGCAGUUUUGCUUUAACUAGCUAGGUUUAUUACUUUGGAGAGCAAGACAUACUUUCCCAGGCCAAUGUAAGCAGGUUGGUUGUAUCUUCCAUGGCUGAAGAAGACCCACAGCAAAAACCUGUCAUCUCUCAGCUCUCCGAAGCUGUCUCUGGCCCCCUGCCAGCAGAUGCAGCCUGGAAGCCGAGGAGCAGAGCUUUGGCUGACUCCGUACUGGAAAGCCGGCGGGGGGAGACUUGGCUCUCUACUGCAAGAGCCUUGAAGGAAUACGGAUACAAUGGCAGAAGAUUAUUUAUGAGGGAGGGGGGUAAGCUGCAUACUUCUAGGAGCUACUUAAUUUUUUUCUAAAGCUUUGGAAAUUGUAGCUUUGUGAGUGGGACCAGUCAGAAAAUGGCAGCGUAUACAAAAAUAAUAGCUGUCAGAGCUAGAUGAUUUUAAAGGAUUGUUAGGAAUUCAUAUGAUUGUUACACUGAAGCAACAAAAAAAAAUACGGCCAGAUUGCAGCUCAUAGCUUUAUCCACGAACAACACUGUAAUGGGGGUCUAGCAUUUCACGAUGUGCUGCGUUAGGGUUUCUUAUUGUGUGCUCUGCGGACAUGGGUGGAACUGACAGCACAUUUUGGAGACGUGCAUGUAAAAAUCCUCACAUCCAUUGUUUUGCACCAAAGCAGCGGUAGGGAUCAUUGCAUCUGCGAUUCUUAGUAUGUGGUCUGUGGACAUUGAGUUGAUCUGUGGCUUGAUGGAGGAUGGAGAGACAUUCUGUAAAAAGACAGGAUCCAUGAAGAUCUGUGCAGAUACAACUUUUUCUAUUUAAAAAAUUGCAAAAGGUUGAGUGUGGGGAAUACUUAAUGCCCCUUCCCUAAGAGUAAAGGUUCUCCUGUCAUGGCCUCCUUUCCAAGACCGAUAAAGAGGAGAAAAGCUGCUUGGGUCACUUUAAAGGGAAGGAUAAAAAAGUGGCCACAGCAGCAACCUGGACUUGCCUGGUGAAUGGGUGGCUGGGCACUCACGUCCUGCCCAUCCCUGUUUUAUGAUACAGGCUGGUCUUAUCCUAGUCAAAGCAUUUUCUGCUUAAACAUGCCAUUUUGCACCUUAAUACUGAAUGUACGUAACAGAAUAUAAAUUCUGUAAUUUAACAUUCCUGUUAUUGACAAGUGAUAGAGUCAGCCAGUUAGCCUUUAUUAUAGCACUCACAAGCCAUACUGAAGCAGAAAACACACUGUUAUUGUACUGAUUUCCUAAAAUGAUACCUCUAUAGGCAUCAUCAUCAACUUUGUACGUCUAACAAUUUAAGGGUUAGAAUCUGAGUAAAUUAUACACAGGACAUUAUCUCAGCCUGUAUUUUCAGGCAAUGGAAACUUGGGUACAUAGACAGUCAUUCUUUGGUCAACUCCCACCAAUAAAAUUUUGAGUCUUCUGCUCAGAAAAUAGUUUUAUAUCAGCCAACACAGGUUCCAGUAAAUUCAGGCAUGCUUGGACAUAAAAUCUGCAGUGAAAUAACACGCGAGCCAGUAAUUGAAUCAAGUCAUCAGAAUGGGGGGGGGGGGGGGGAAUCUACAAAUUGAUGGAAUGUUAUUUAUGUUGCUGCCAUCAAUGCAGAGGGUGGCAUGUUAACAGAGCAAUCCCAAGCAAGGUUACACCAGUCUAAGCCCACGGAAAGAGCCCAUUGAAAGAGCAAGGAUUGCACUGUAAAUCUAGCUAGUGUAAAAGCACGGCAGUAUCUUGGAACAGUUAAUAUUGAUCAGGGCUUUUUUUCUGGGAAAAGAGGUGGCGGAACUC